AUGCGCGUGACGGUCUGCAAUCUCCAGAGAAGCCUUGAGAGCAAGAUCCAACUGGGAGCAAAACUGCAAAUGCCAAGUCUGGAGCUGCAGCAGCUCUUUGCAGCUUGGUGGAGUUUGACUGCGGAGGCAAAGCUAGACAUCUGGAAUGCGGCGAAUGUGAGCAUCAGUGCGCAACUUGGUGGGCACAGCUCGUGCUCAAGCAUGCUCCUUCGUGAGCACGCUGAGCCCAUUGCAUCUCCAGAAAGCCUUUCAACGUCGUCUGAGUGCGGCUCCGAAUAUUCAGAGCCAGAUGAUCUGCAGACUGACGCUGGCUGGCAGCUCGGCAUCUGCAGCGUCGGUGUGGAAGGCUCUCAGCAGGAUUCUGAUGUGGAGCAUGGCGAAUUGCAUGCCAGGGAAAGUGAGGGUUGGAAACCUUGGUUUCUGCUGGUUUUGGCCUUCAGAGCUUGGCGUGGGAUCGGGAUGCAACAGCAACAAUUGUGCUCAGCCCGUUACAAGACAGACUUGUGGGACAAGUUUAUUUGCUGCUUUAUUGCCUGGGAGCUGUUAGUGUUGCGAGGGCGUUCUUUGCAUUCCAAGCUCGCUGGCAGCUGCAGAUUGCAAGACCGCCUUCGUCUCGAUGUGUUCACAGCCUGGAAGACCGUUUUGCUCGAGGACCGAGGUAAGCGAGCAUCACUGAAAGUAUUGUGCAAGCUGAAGUUGCACUCCAACGAUGCACUUCGCAGGUGUUGGAAUGCAUGGUACUCGACCAGGGACGCUGCAGGCUUGGCAUGGAGUGGAGUUGUCAUCGGCAUGCUCCGCCAGCAAGGGCGCCAAAGGGCGCUUGAAUGUUUAGUGGACGCAAUGGAUGCCCGGUCGGAGCGUGAGCACACAGAACGCAGCAUGGCCCUGCAGCAGCGCGCAGACAGGCUCCUGCUGGAUCUUGUCUUUGUCGUUUGGAAAUCUGCUUGCGAGACAAGCCGACUGCAGCGUCGAUUGGACAAGACUGGCUUAACUGCAAACGUCGCUGUGACUGAUCUUGUGACUCAUCAUUCACAUGCUGCACGUCUUGCGGCGAUGAGUAGCAUUUUCGCCGGUUGGUCGUUGUUCACACGUCUGCAGCGUCAACGUGAACGAUGCUCUCGCAACAUCGACAAGCAGUACAGGCAGGGGAAAGCUGACAUGCUUGGCUGGUGCCUCUUCGCAUGGCGGCAAGUAUCCUUCUGCGGGCAGUACAGAGCAAAACUGCAAGUCUGCAGUGCAAGGCGAUGGGAUGCACUUCUGUCUAGCCGAUGCUUCUACUUGUGGAUGCAAGCCGUGCAACGGAUGCACGUGAGCCAAGGUCUUGUCGAGACUGGUUCUUGCUUGGAGCUGGCAGGAAGCUGCAGAUUGCAAGACUGCCUUCGUCUCGAUGUGUUCACAGCGUGGAAGACCGUUUUGCUCGAGGACCGAGGUAAGCGAGCAUCAAUGAAAGUAUUGUGCAAGCUGAAGUUGCACUCCAACGAUGCAGUUCGCAGGUGUUGGAAUCUAUGGUACUCGACCAGGGACGCCGCAGGCUUGGCAUGGAGUGGAGUUGUCAUCGGCAUGCUCCGCCAGCAAGGGCGCCAAAGGGCACUUGAAUGUUUAGUGGACGCAAUGGAUGCCCGGUCGGAGCGUGAGCACACAGAACGCAGCAUGGCCCUGCAGCAGCACGCCGACAGGCUCCUGCUGGAUCUUGCUUUUGUCGUUUGGAAAUCUGCUUGCGAGACAAGCCGACUACAGCAUCGAUUGGACAAGACUGGCUUAACUGCAAACGUCGCUGUGACUGAUCUUGUGACUCAUCAUUCACAUGCUGCACGUCUUGCGGCGAUGGGUAGCAUCUUCGCCGGUUGGUCGUUGUUCACACGUCUGCAGCGUCAACGUGAACGAUGCUCUCGCAACAUCGACAAGCAGUACAGGCAGGGGAAAGCUGACAUGCUUGGCUGGUGCCUCUUCGCAUGGCGGCAAGUAUCCUUCUGCGGGCAGUGCAGAGCAAAACUGCAAGUCUGCAGCGCAAGGCGAUGGGAUGCACUUCUGUCUAGCCGAUGCUUCUACUUGUGGAUGCAAGCCGUGCAACGGAUGCACGUGAGCCAAGGUCUUGUCGAGAAUGGUUCAAGUUCAAGGGCAGGGUGCCAGCAGACGGCAGAGAGCUGUGCAGAUUCAUUUAUUGACUUGCACGUGAGAGAGCCAAGAGCACUUCAUCCACUGAUACAUGAUGCCAUCCGAUAUGCUUUUUUGGCAUGGAAGUCAGAGCACCUGCAAGCAAACCUUCUGGCAGUCCAAGCUUCUGAAGCUGCAAGGCCGGUUGCAUUUCAGAGAUCAUGCAGGCUAGUUCACUUGGCCCUGCAUGCCUGGUGGCAUCUGCGACUCAAGCAACGCACAGAGAGCUCACAUGUAGAGUCGCUUGCGACCUUGUUGUCCAGGGCCAUGAUGGAACAGUACUUCCGGAAAUGGCUCCUGUACUCGUUCCAUCCAUCGAAGCUUCUACCGUGGGUGCGUAUCGUGCUCUCCCUCGCAGAGGUGAAGUUUAUGUGCAGGACCAGCUCCGAUUUGCAAGGGGACCAAGCCCAAGCCAUCUCUUUGCCAAAGGAAGUGGCCGGAUCGGAACAAGUCCCUGCAGCGCAAGCUGAGGAAAUUACAGAUGAGGAGGAGCAGCCGGAAGAAGAACAGUUGCCAGCAGUGUAUCAGCCGAUAAUGACCCCUGCGAACGGGUCCGAUGAUGCUACUUUGAUGACGCCUGCAGCCUUGCUACCUGGACAAGGGUGGUGGGACAUGUCCCUGGCAGGUCAGCUGCGAUUGGUGGAGCUGAGGGCUCCGCUGGUGGAAAGGCAACGUGCGGCUUCCUCCGCGCUUCUGAGGCCCGAGCGGGCUGCCUGCUUGGCCCGGCUUCUUCAUGAAGCUGAGACUGCAGCAUUGGAUGCAGUCAAGGUUCCGGUAAGUCAUGCUCACAAAGAGAACAUGCUUGAAAAUGACAUCGCGCCGACGCCUGCCAAGGCGAAGGAUGAUGCACGCAGGUGGGGCGAUGAGACGUGGCUUCUCGCCAAAGCGCGGCAACCUGCAGUUCCUGUACAACUACGCUGGGGUCUGAAGGGGACAAAGGAGCCCGUUGCUCCAGCUUCUGGGACAAAGGAGCCCAUUACUGCAACUUCUGGGACAAAGGAGCCCGUUACGCGAGCUGCCCUACUGGCAGCUAGCGCCACAUGA